AUGCAGAUGGGCGUCUGGGUAGCCCCGAACGGACGGGCGAUCUGGAUCUGGAUGGGUUGUUACGAGGAGGCGAGGCGGACUGGGCAUCUCCUCCUCCUCGUCUCGCUCUCCACCGACGCACACGACUCGCCCAAAACACAACAGAAGGAAGCAGGAACAAAGAUGGAUACAGACUGGUGUCUCACUUGCGGGCGUCGUCAACAGCAGGAGUCCUCCGCGUACUGCUCGCUCCAGUGCAUGAUGUACGACGAUCCCUCGCCCUCCUCCCUCCGCGGCGUCUCCUCCAUCCAAGCCUGGGCAAAGGCCAUCCCGCCAGGCCCGCCGCCGCCACCACCCUCACUCCCCACCGUCCCCCACACCACCGCCUCCUCCUCCACCCACGGGACCUCGCGGACAGCGUCCACACGCUCGUCCUCCUCCUCCUCGCUCCACUCAUCGCACUCGCACUCGCAAUCCUCCUCGUCCGGGAGCUCCUCGCCGCCCCGCACACCCGCGUCCCUCCUCCCCACAUCCACAUCCGCCUCGUCGUCCGCGUACAAGCCCAAACCGCCCCACCUCAUCCUGCACUCCCAGAUCCCGCUCCCGCCCACCCUCUGCAUGUCCACCCCGCAGCCGCCCCCGCGCAUCACAUCCACACCCACAAAGUCCACGCCCAUCAAGCCGUCCCCCGUCUCCCACCCCGCCGCGCACCCCACAUCCAACCCCACCACCACCAACGCCAAAUCGGCGUCCUCGUUCCGCCUGAACGGCACCUCCACCUCCUCCGCCUCCGCCUCCAUCGCCACCCCCUCCGCGCACUCCGCCCUCGGCUCCCUCGCAAACCACGUCCGCACCUGGGUCUGCCCCUCCGCCCCCGCGUCCCCCAGCGCCCCCCACUGCGCCCCAGAGUACAAGUACACAGACGCGCACCACCCCGAGGACGCCAAAUCGCACCCCAACUCGAACGAGACGCAGCACACCCUGCGCCUCCCCAAGUCCCCGAACUCGCCGUCCUACCCCGCCGCCAAAACCUCCCCCUCGCAUCCGCAUCCCUCGCAUUCGCACCCCUCGCACCCCGCCUACCCCUCGCAACCCCCGCAUUCGCAGUACCCCACCCGCACGACCCGCCCGCGCGGCAACUCCUUCUCCCCCUUCCCCACAUCGCUGCGCGCGUGCGCAUGGGACGAUGACGAGCUCUCGUCCUCGCUCUCGUCCGUCUCGCCGUCCCCGUACGAGGGCCACCACCAGCCGGCGUACCCCUCGCCCCCGCGCGGCAUCCCCUUCGCGCGCGCCCAGCACGAGCAGUUCGCGCCCCAGCCGCAGCUGAGGGGCCGCAAGGCGUCGCGCGCUCUCGCCUAA